UCAGAGGCUCUCUGCAGUCUGCACUCUGAGAAACUCAAACUCUUCUGUCUGGACCAUCAGCAGCCAGUGUGUGUCGUCUGCAGAGAUUCAGAAAAACACAGCAACCACAGAUUCAGACCCGUCGAUGAAGCUGCACGACAACACAAGAAGGAACUUCAGGAAACUCUGGAGCCCUUAAAGGAGAAGUUAAAGGUUUGUGAACGAGUUAAAGUGAAGUUUGAUCAAACAGCAGAACACAUGAAGGUCCAGGCCCGACACACAGAGAGGCAGAUUAAGGAGCCGUUUAAGAAGCUUCAGCAGUUUCUAGAGGAGGAAGAGGAGGCCAGGAUGGCUGCACUGAGGGAGGAAGAGGAGCAGAAGAGUCAGAUGAUGAAGGAGAAGAUGGAGGCUCUGAGCAGAGAGAUAGCAGCUCUUUCAGACACAGUCAGAGCCACAGAGGAGGAGCUGAGAGCUGAAGACGUCUCAUUCCUGCUCAACUACAAGGCUGCAGUGGAAAGAGUCCAGCAGCGCCCCCUGCUGGAUGAUCCACAGCUGCCCUCAGGAGCUCUGAUAGACCAGGCCAAACACCUGGGCAACCUGACCUUCAACAUCUGGAACAAGAUGAAGGACAUGGUCUCCUACACUCCUCUCAUUCUGGACCCAAACACUGCAAAUCCAAGACUCAUCCUGUCUGAAGAUCUGACCAGUGUGAGACAAGGAGAGGAACAGCAGCUUCCUGACAAUCCAGAGAGGUUUGAUUAUUAUUACUGCUCUGUCCUGGGCUCUGAGGGCUUUAACUCAGGGACUCACAGCUGGGAUGUCGAGGUUGGAGACAGUACAGGCUGGUUACUGGGUGUGUCAGCAGAGUCUGUUCAGAGGAAGGGAGAUAACAUAAAGUCAGGAUUAUGGGUAAUAGUUUUCUAUGGAGGUAAAUACUCAGCAUGGUCACCAUCAGCUCCACUCACUGAUUUCAGAGUGCAGAAGAAGCUCCAGAGGAUCAGAGUGAAUCUGGACUGGAACAGAGGAAAGCUGUCGUUCUCUGAUCCUGAUACUAACACACACAUACACACCUUCACACACACUUUCACUGAGAGGAUGUUUGCAUAUAUUGAAACUUUGGAUGAGUUGAAGCUGUCAGCAGUGAAGGUCUGUGUGACAGUGGAACAGAGCAGUUAGAGAUAAAGAGGAUGAUUAUAUUCAUGAUGUAUUAUUAUUACUUUAUAUAUUAUAUAUCAUCCAGUCGCAAUGACAACUGUGAAAUCCUAACAAACAGUGAUUAGCUCAGUUGGUAGAGUUAGCUUACUUAGGUUACGUGUUUGAUCUGCACACCGGUCGACUAUAUUUUCUUUCCCUCUUUAACAAUUUAAUUAUGAAGACACUUUCACAUGCUCACUAUAAAGCAUGUGCCGCAGUGUGAGCGUUACAGCGUUUGAUCUGCAUCCAUCAACCUAAGGACGCUUGUUUUAACAAAGUGGAGAGGAGCCUUGACCCUCACCUGACUAUGCCUUUGUAAAUUUGCUUGUAUUAUGUGGUUUAUACUGGACUGUGGUGCAGAAACAGUGACAAAGUCAAACAUACUUGGUUUACAUUUUCCUGUUAUCUGUCAGUGGUCAUACUUUUACUCAUCCAAUACUAGAUGUGAUAGUUUUUGAGAUGUUCUUUGCUUUAGUCCAGAUGAGCCAUUAGUGAUGCUCAAACAUUAAUGCAUCAAUUAUAAUCUAGUGAUAAACUAUAUUAUUCUGUAAUGGGAGUUCUGUAUAAAAAAAAGACUAUAACCUUUGAUCCUGGUGCAGGACAACAACACAGUGGAAGAACAAUUCACUACACUGACGUAACUUACUACAAUCUAACUCUGUCAUACUAAAGUGUGGCAACAAACUAACUACUACUAACCGUUUUGUUAUCUUUCAGUACAUUUAGCUGUGCUCACAUAGCUGAAAACACUGGUGAUCUCAAAAGAUACACAAACAUCAGUAACUGAAAAGCAUGCAGGCGAGCUAUCAUUAUUAUUAUCAUGUAACGGGCAUGGAUUAGUUCAACCUCAGGCUGAUAAACAUAUUACUGUAACGUUGCAGUGGGAGUUUACCUGAGUCUCCAGCAUGUUGUGUGCAGCUGUCUCCAGGUGAGUCGGUCUCUGUGUGUCGGAUUUUGCUCCCUCAUGAGUUUGAGUGCUGCUCUGUGUAAAUCACUGCCGGCUCUUUCAAAAGGCCAGUCAUCUGAUGUCUGGGAUCUUUUUAAUACUACCAACUGCUAUUUUCCUCUGAAAAAGGUCCAACACUCUCCUGGCGUUUUGUUUCCUGGCGUCGUUUCAUGCUGUCAUUAGCUUCUCACCACAUUUGACUCAUUAAAUCAAAUAGUACUUUUGUCUUUCUGAGGUUUUGAAUCUGCUGCCUUCUUUCUUCCUCAGGUUUGUGACAGUCUACCAUAACAUGAUCCACCCUUUCUUGUUGCCCACUGCUGCCUGACUUAUGUUUGUCUGUUUUGAAUAAAGUGCUGUUUAGUCCAGUGUGUCCAGAUCUAAGUCUUCAUUGUCUCGUCUCUCCUGUUCCUUCCUUUCCUCUCUUCCUCCUGAUGUUUUCGCCACCUUUCCUUCAUGCUCUCUUUUAUAACGCUCUUGAUUUCUGUCUUUCUGAAGCAAACUACAUCAGUGUACUCACUUUUUGUGGCCUCCUCUGCAGACCUAUCUGCCAUUUCAUGUCCUUUGAUACCCAUAAAGACCUGACUGUGAGACCCAUCAUCUGAACUCUGCAUAAUGUUUGUUGUACUUUCUGUCUGAAUGACUGCUCUGUAAACUGGCUGCUGAUGAACUUGAGUCUGAACAAAUGAUCUCAGUGGUGUUAUUUCCUUUAUCCACUGCUCUGCUAAUAAACUUGUGAGCAUUA